AUGCCUGGAGAGGGAUUCACCAUCAAAAGUCGAAUCAGGAAUUUACUUCGCUCUCCAUCGAUUAAGCAAAGGACCUGGAAGAACAGGAAACAGGAUCUCAGCAGGGUAUUUAUGCACAAAUCCUCCAUUUCAAGUAGGACAGGUCGAGUGAUCAAGUUGACACGCAAUGUGAGAUAACAAAUCAAUAUGUGAAAUGAGUGGAAAGUUCGUGUUGUGUUACAAAAUUAUGUGUAGGAAAGACUACAACUAUGUUGCACGUUAUCUAACGUGUCUUUAGUGCUGUAAGAUAGUAUAAACACAAGCAUGUAUUGGUGUUUUUUUUAACUUUGCAAACCAAAUUUGUUCUAUUGAAUGGUUUAAAACUCAUUUAUUUUGCUAAGUAAAUUAUCUACUAUAAAAGGAAAGCUAAUGAAAGAUUACAUGUUUUAAAAACAAUCAACUCCCUUUUUAAUAUGUAUUUUUAUUUUGUCCAUAAAUCAUUGGUAACACUUUACAAUAACCAUACAGACCAUUGUUAAAUGGUAAGCCAGUAGUUUGUUAAUGUGUAAGCAUCAUUUAUAAAUAGCAUAUAGACCAUUAAUAAAUUGUAAAUUUUACAAUUUUAAAAAUAUAACCCUAACUUUACAAUAACCCUCUAAGGAAUGUUUAUAGAUGGUUUAAAAACCAAAUAUUAACCAUUUACAAAGUGCUGCUGACACACAUUUUAAUCUAGCUGUUUUACAAUCAAUAUUUAAACCCUAUAUAAACCUUUGAUAAAUAGUCCUAUUAAUAAUUAAUGAAAAUUAUCAAUCAUAUUUCAUUGCUUGUUAAUGGUAAAGUAACUCAAUCAAUCAACUUUAUUUCUAUAGCACAUUAAAAAGAACCACAGGGGUAGCCAAAGUGCUGUACAUUGUGACAUAAGAACAAAUAAAACAAGCAAAGAACAAGAUAGAGCGAGCAAAAAUACAUAAAUGCAAUAAAUAAAUAAAUAUAUAAAUAAGCAGGCUCACGGUAAGUGCUAAGAGGAAAACAAAGAAAAUAACACUAAAAUGUAUUAAAAGCCAAGGAAUAAAAGUGAGUUUUUAAAAUUAUUAACUUACAUUAAUAAACUAUCUAUUUGCCAUUUAUAACUGGUUUCAUAUUCUGUUUUUAAAUGAUGAUUAAACAUUAAUAAACUUUUUAUUUACCAUUUAUAAAUUAAGGUUAUUGUAAAGUGUUACCAAAUCAUUUACCAGGCUUUUUAAAUGAAUUUCAAAUCAUCCAUAAAAACAAACAUUGAUUUAGGCCGUUUUGCUUGUCCACGUCUGUUAAGUUAUGAUCGGUUGUAAAUGUUAAUUAUCCAAUAAUACCUCAGCCAAUAAAACAGGCUUGUCAGUAAUAAUUAAAGAGGCCCCAGUAGAAAGUUAUAUCCAGGGAAACAUAAACAUCACCCAGCUUUUAUGAGUUGUUUUGGUUUGAUAUCUGUCAGACUGUGCUUUUAAUGAUUUAAUAUUAUUGUUUAGUUUGACUCGGGUUUGUUCGUUUAAUCAAUUACUCUCAACAGAUGCUUCAUAAUUCCUGGGACAUACUGACUGCAAAACUUCCCAAGCUGUCUGCCAAGUUGUCUGUUUAUUUAUUACAAGCUACCUGAGCUGUGUCCUCUUUUUACGAUGAUUUUGAACACCCAAAAGAUGAAAAGAUGAUAUCAUUUUGGUUUGACAUUUGGAAGAAAGGAAAAUUUACACUCUGUAGGUCCCAGACACAACGCAUGAUCACAGAGAGAAUAAUCAAUCCUGAGUUUCUCUGCAGGUGUGCUGACGCUGAUAUUUAUUUUUAAUGUGGCAGUUUUCACACCCUGAAUAAUCCUAUAUCAGUUGCAUAUAUACAUAUUUUUGUCUAAUUUUUAUCCUAAACUGCCAUGAAAGCCUCUGAGAGCCUCUGAGACUCAGGUUUGACUGUAGUAGUCUGCACAUUUUCUUCACAUGCUGUAACCUACACUAAUCUACUACUGCCUUUGAUUUAUUGACGAGGAUGUGAAGUCCUAUCACUGCUGGUAAAGUCUGGUACACCAAACUGCUGAACAUUAACAUCUCUCUGCAUACAGGUGACUUUGGAGAAGGUGCUGGGGAUAACUGCAUCAGGAAACUGCGGUUUGGCCUGUGACCCCCGAUCUGGACUGGUCGCAUAUCCUGCAGGGUAAGGAGAGAUAGAUACACCAUUUUUGCAUCCUUAUCUUUUCAUCCGACCUUUGACUUAUCAACACUCGCAGCUUCCCUAUCACAUCUACCUCACCCCGAUGCUUAGUGUGCAAAUAACUGCGACUGUGGGGCUUAUCUUUGCUCUAUCUCGGAGGAACUAAAGAGAUUGUAGGCUUUCUCAUCAGAGGAACUCCACAGCUUCCUUUUAUCCUCUCCUCAGGGUAGCUUCCUUUGACUCUUUCUCUGAUUCACUGAAUUAAAACAUUGUGUGGUAUGAUUUAAUCUGCGCAAACAGUAGCACAGGCUGUGUUAACUUACUUAGUAUAGACAAUACAAUAAAAAGAGACAUGCGAGGAGUAAGUUGGAGGAUGAAGAUCUACAGUAGCGAUGCUCCGGGCCCUCAGCCGGCAGGGUGAAAGCACAGUUAAAAAUCAGGCAGGCUGGCUCCCACGAGGCUGUUACAGAAACAGUGCACUGAGCUUCUUUUGUGGUGUUUGCAAAUCUUCUGACAAAGCUGAAUUAACACUAAGAGGGUCAUUGGCUGUGUGGAGUAUUGUGUGUGUGUGAGAGAGAAAGCAGCGCUCGUGUGUGAGCAUGCAUGCUUGGGCAUUCCUGUGCAUACAUGUGGGUGGGGAGCCGUCAGUGUGUGUGUGUGUGUGUGAGAAUAAAUCUGGUUCUAACUUUUGCUUCAGCAAGCUGUAUUCGAAUUUUUUGCACAAUCUGGCAGUCCACCCACAGUCUCAGUUUAAAUCAGAGCAAGCUGUGGUUCCACACAUAACAGGUGGAUUAUUACUCAGACAUGCUUGAUUUGAACAGAAUGUAAAGGGGGACCUUUCUUGGCAGGAAACAAUGGGGUUAUGACUGCUAGGAUCUAAAAAUGAAAAAAAAUAGUGAAUGUUACAGCUUUCAUUGUAUUCUUAGUUUCUUGGCAAGUAGCUUAUCAUAUGCUGCUUCUUAGAAUCGUCUUGCAGCAUAACAAAAACGUAAACAAAAUAUCUGCACGAUAAAGUAUUUGACCGUACAAAGUGUAUGGAUCGUCAAACCUUGUUGCGUAAUUUAUGGAUAUUUAGUAAAGCGCCCAAAUAGAUGCUCUGAACGUGUGCAAACGAGAGCUGAGCAGCUCUGUACCACGUAAAAAAAAAAACAUUAUUAGACGCUAUAGCGCUUAGACAUGAUCCUGGUGUCUUAAAAGAGUCAUUCUUGCCCUUUAUUAUUCAGCUAUUUUGUUGUAGUAUUCGGUUAUUAUAAACUACACUUUAUUUCAUAAUACUUAAUGAGGUUUAACCGGUGACAACAGACCUUUGAUUAAUCUCAGUACAGCAUGUAAUGUAUACUAGAGCUUAAUAAUGUAAUCUGUUAACUAUUUAAUGCAUGAAUAAGUACAACGAUUCUGCAUUUAAGGAGUUAAUGUAUAAGAAUAUUGCCAAGAAAGCCCCCCAAAAGUAAUUCUGACCCUUUAUUAUUCAGCUUUUGGUUGUAAUAAUUGGUUAUUAUAAGACUACCCUUUAUUUCGUAAUACUUAAUGAGGUUUAACCGGGAAUAACAGACCUUUGAUUAAGCUCAGUACAGCAUGUAAUGUACACUAGAGCUUAAAAAAAUAUAAUCUGUUAACUAUUUAAUGCAUGAAUAAGUACAACGAUUCUGUGUUUAAGGAGUUAAUGUUCUGUGAAAUAUGCAAACAGGUCACAGAAUAAGGUUUCAUUAUGGCUCAACCAAGAUUAGCCACUUUGGUUUACUUCAAUAGAAAUUUGUAACACUGUAUGAAUCCCUGUGUUAUGUCAGAGUUGGUAAGGACACAGUGUGUGUUCAAGAGUUUAAGGAUCUGUAAACUGUGCGUCAUUUGUUCUUCUGUUGACUGAAAAGACUUGCAUUAGAAGAGUGUUGGCAUAUCUCACUCACACUUUACCUUAAGACUUAAAAAAACACAUGAAGUUGUUAAGAAGAAUUGUCAAUUUAUUCUUGAUCUUCUGUGAAGGUGUGUGGUUGUCUUGCUGAACCCCAAAAAGAACAGACAGCAUCACAUAAUCACUUCAAGGUGAGUAAAACACUUAAAACAUCUGCAUGAGUGUUUCAUAUAUUGUGUUAUAGAUUACAUUUUUAAAACCUGAAUAUAGGCCGUCUUGUUUUCAUACUCUUGAGUGCCUUAAUUUGAAUUAUAAAACCUGAAAUAACCAAUGCUGACUUUAUUUUUGACAUUUUCACAGAAAAACAAUCACAGCUCUUGCCUUCUCACCUGAUGGAAAGUACUUGGUCACAGGAGAGGUGAGUCUGCAGCCAUUUUUGGCUCUGUUGUAACCUGUUUCUCACCUGUGGUAGAUUGAUGAAUGUAUGGUGGGUCAGUAACACUUCACAAUAACCAUAAUUUAUAAAUGGUAAAUCGAGCAUUUAUAAAUGGUAAGCAGAUAUAUUAUCAAUGUUUAAUCAUCAUUUAUAAAUAGCAUAUUGACCAUUAAUAAAUUGCAAAUUUUACAAUUUUAAAAACCUAACCCCAACUUUACAAUAACCAUCGAAGUAAUGAUUAUAGAUGGUUUAAAAACCAAAUAAUAACCAUUUACCAAGUGCUACUCUAGAUGUUUUACAACCAAUAUUUAAACCCUAUAUAAACCUUUGAUAAAAAGUCAAUUAAUAAUUAAUGAAAAUGAUUAAUCAUAAUUUAAUGCUUGCUAAUGGUAAAGUAACUAUUAACUUACAUUAAUAAACUAUCUAUUUGCCAUUUAUAAUUGGUCUAUAUGCUGUUUUAAAUGAUGAUUAAACAUGAAUAAACCAUCUAUUUACCGCUUAUAAACUAUGGUUUUUGUAAAGUGUUACCGGUGGGUCUUAUUGUGAAAGGUCCUAUUCUGACUUCUCCCUGUUAUGAGUUGGUCAAACAUCUACAGUUAUGUUGUAGUAAGACCAUGUGCCCCAACACAACACGAUAUCUUAAUCUGCACCGGCCAAUCAAAGCGGAUUAAAGACUUCCCUGUGUAAGUGGAUGGACUUGCAGUUGCCAUGACAGCAAGGACCAAGUUCAAAGAUCAUACGUGUUGAGGAUGAACUCUUUUGCCGCCACUUAAAAAAAAAUACAGAUUUUUGUAGGCUGCCAGCAUGUAGGAUUUGACUUUUUGAACAGAUAUUCAAAGCUUACAGAUCUGAUUUACCAACACAAAACAUUAAUAUAGUCAGAAACCAGAAUGAUUAUGGAUUUUUUUAAAUCUUGUUUUCACUCUGUAUUAAAAGCCGAGACUAUCACAGCUCUAUUACAGGAUUUCCUGACAUCUUUGAAAGCUGGGAAGAGCUCAAGACAUUGUGAUGUGAUGAAAUAGUAAUGUAGAUUAAGGACAUGAAAAACACAUCCUUUUUGUUUCUUCAUUUUAUCAUUUUAAAUCUGUAUUCGGUCUCCUUUCUAUGCAGCUCUUUGUUUAUUUGAAUGUGGUCCAUUUGCAGCGUUCUGCAUGCUUUCUCUCCUCCCAUUUAUUAACAGUGACCUUUUAAAGGUUGUUGUACUACAUUAGAAUAAGAGACUACACAAAUAGCAUGCUGACCCUUUGAUCCUGAGAGAGAAUAAUGAGAACAGGUUGAGGGAUAAGUAACUGUAACUGUUUGCUGUGAGCAGGGGUCAGAGUGGAUAAUCUCUCGGAGAGCUGAAUAGAGUGGACUGACAGGUGACUACUAUGGCGCUGCCUGAACCGCUGGAUUUACAGACAAAACAAGAGACCUUGUCAGAUCAGUUGUUUUACCCAGUUUCAACUGUUUUCCUUCAGAGUGGUCACCUCCCCGCGGUGAGACUGUGGGACGUGGCGGAGCGCAGGCAGGUGGUCGAGCUCCAAACGCACAAAUACGGCGUCUCCUGUGUGGCUUUUUCCCCCAACGGCAAAUAUAUUGUCAGCGUGGGGAACCAACAUGACAUGAUGGUCAACGUCUGGGCCUGGAAGGUACAUCGUACUCAGAAGACACUUCUACCUCUUUGCCAAGGCUGGAAAUGCAACAAAUAUAUUCACACAAUUUCCCUGAUAGAAGCUAAAGGCUGUAAACUCCUUAUCCUUAUACCUGGCAUCAGGUCCUGAUGUCCUGUCAGAAGAAAAUCAUGUUUAAUAACCUGUAAGCUUCUUCAGGAGCUAAAUGUAGCCCUUUAGCUAUUUAAAGACAACAGCUAAUAUUAGCACGCAACUGCUUCCUUGCAGAAAUUAAGUGUGACAACAUUUUACGGCGUCCCUGGAAAGCCAAACAGCUGCAUUAGUCACCACCUGGCUAUCAUUAAUAAUUAGUAGUGGCAGAAGGCUGACUUCUGCAGUGAUAGCUGUGACAGAAGCUAAUAAAUAACAUUUGCAUGAAACAAAGCGAUGCUGCGAUGUACAGGAAGAAGGCUUUCCCCACUGUAGCUGUUGAGUUAAGUGUAAGAAAUCAUACAGCGCUUUGGAGGUGAUUUCCUUUUGAGCGUAAAAACUAGAAAUAGUCAGACACAGCUCGUCUUGUUUUGCCUGAAUAUUCAAGUUAAUAUAGUAGCAAAUGUAUUUGUAGUAUUGCUUUUCAAUGACACAUGUUGGUUUUUUAAUCUCUUGCAGAAAGAUGUCAUAGUGGCGGCCAAUAAAGUGUCCAGUAAAGUGACAGGCGUGUCUUUCUCAGAGGACAGCUCGUAUUUCGUGACUGUCGGGAACAGACACGUUAAGUUCUGGUAUAUGGACCACUGCAAAGCCAGCAAGGUAUGAAAUGAUGAUGUAGGUGCUACAUGUUAGUUCUUGAGCUGUCUGAGCUAUAGGUGGAUAAACCGUCACAGUUAAACAGGUUUGUUCAUAAUGUAUUAUGUGUUGAAUCCAGCGCUUGUAAUACUGUAAUACUGUCCUCUGUUGUUUUGUUGAUGUGUCCAGACCAAUGCUCCUGUCCCUCUGCUGGGACGCUCAGGACUGCUGGGGGAGCUGAGGAACAACUUCUUCUGCGACGUCGCCUGCGGUCGAGGCCCCACGUCUGAGUCCACCUUCUGCAUCACCUCAUCCGGCCUGCUGUGUGAGUUUGACAGUAAGAGGAUGCUCGACAAGUGGGUGGACCUCCGGGUGAGUGACUCACAGCGUUGUUUGGACAUUGCUCACUUUUACCUCUAAGGUGUUAUCUCUACCUCCUGAUUUAAUGUAGUAAAAUUAUAUGUUGGUGCAUUUUGACAUUUAUCUUGAGCUUUUAAACGCUGGACUGUUGCGAUGAUGGACUGAAUAUAGAACGGACAGCCUCCUCGUUGGGUGAAGCCACUCCGAGAACAGCACACCCUGGUGAAGGGCUACAGUAUAGGUUAUAAAUCCCGCCUCCGCCAGCAAAGCUUAUGGAGCUGUGGACAAACUUUAGAAAUUUGUUACACAGAAUAUACAUUUUUCUCCCCUCCUGCUUGUGAUGUUGACAUGUAGUUAUUGUAAGACUGGUUGUGCUCAAGUCCUCUUUUUUCUGUGCAGCUCCAUUUUUAAAAGUUAUUAGGGGGUUCAUGUUUUCUACGAUUGACACUUGACAAAGCCUAUGGGCGCACGAAGAUUGCGUAGCUCACCAGGGGGAUGUGCUGUUUGAGCCGAGCGUCAUCACAGCCACUCUUGUUGACUCUCCCGCCGAAUGUGAACAAUGCUGCUGCGCAUUUCUGGAAGUGGAGAAAAAAUGCAGAAUUACCGAAAGCUUUUUGACUUCAGAUCUGUAUACUGGCGUAACCAAGUUGUCCAUAGUUUAUAUAGUCUAUGUGUGGAAAAGCAUGACACCGUCCCUUUAAAUUAGGCGUUGAUGGAUGAUAAAUUACAAUAAGUAACUUCUUUUUUUUGCAGUGUAUGAUAUCAUUACACGUGAGCGGUUUAACUGAUAUGAGACAACAGGAUGAGUUUUGGUGAAACUACUUUGUCCACAGGGGGCGCCACAGUCAACAGAAACCAAAAGCUCCACAUUAGAGCUUUAAUAUAUGAAAUUUCAUUCAUGCUUACAUCAGUAAAUACAUGCCAUAGAAGAUUAAGCAUGCUGUUCCUAAUCCAGUUUCUUAAUCUUGUUGCAUUUGACUCAGUUGUCUUAGUUUUUCUUGAAUUUGAGUUUUGAAAUGUUACUUUUACUCACAACACAACAAGAUAACAUUUUACACCAUUUCGUGGUUGACUCCAGUUUCGCUUGAUACAGCCUAUGGGCGUACAAAGAUUGUUUAGCUCACCCGGGGGAUACGCUGUUUGUGCUGAGCGUCAUCACAGCGACUCUUGGCGACUCUCCCGCUGAAUGCGCACAAUGCUACUGUGCAAUAUUGGUCUCAGGAAAUGGAGAAAAAUUGCAGAAAUACAGAGAGCUUUUCGGCUUCAAAUCUGUGUACAGGCGGGAGGCGAAACCAAGUUGUCCAUAGUAUAUACAGUCUGUGGUUUUGACUCAAAUAGGCUGGACUUAGACUCCAGAGGUUUACUUUCAUUAAAAACUAUCAAAUAAAUCCUGAAUUUCUUUUUAUGUAUUAGUCUGUAUAAGUGAGUAUUAUCCAACUAGUAGUUUUAAUGAUCAGAGUCCAGCUGUGAUCCUUCAGAGAGAGCUGGAGCUGAAGGUGUGCUCGUCCUGCUCUGCUCCUGAGUCCUGUCAGAGGAUCAAAAAGGGAUUAACAAGGAGGACAAGGACAAGUACAGGAUGUGUGUGGCGGUUUUCCAAUGAGGACGCUUUUAUAUUCCGCUGCCACCUCCUGUCACCUCUGUCCUGACUGACCGACAGGGCUCUCACGAACUUUGCUGCAUUGGAUUGUAAUCUGAUCUGCAGAUAUUGAAUUUACUCACUGUAAAAUGCUCUACCAUUUGCUGCCUUGCAGACGGGCAUGGCUCAGUGUCUGACUCUGUCGGAGGACUUGAUCUUCUGCGGCUGUGCGGAUGGAACUGUGCGUGCCUUCAGCCCGGUUGACCUGCACUUUGUCUGCACGCUGCCGCGGCCACAUCCUCUCGGCGCUGACGUCUCCGCCAUCACAGAGGCCAGGUGAGGAAGAGCUCAGGAGGAGCAGAGCCUCUUCCUGGCAGGGAUCCUCUGCAGGAUCAGAUACUCUCUAUAUAUAGUCCCUCUUUUACCAUGAGGCAGCUCUUCACAGUAUAGUCAGUUUGGGAUCGGUCUGUAAGGGUUAAACAGAAAAAUCAGACGCAUUCAUUCUCGACAAAAUACGCCACGUGUCGCAACAUUUUUCAGCCAAACUCGCAUGUUAGCCGGAGGGAAACAAAGAGAUAGUUCACCAAGCUGAGUGUGGUGAUCCUGGUGUGGGUGUUUCAUGAAUAUUCUGCUGACUGUUCAGUUUGGCUGCUGCAGCAUCUGUGACUGGCAGACAGAUCUCUUCCUUGUUAUCUGAAGAGUCUCUAAACAGAACUAAGAGAAAGUCAGUCCCUAUCAAAGAUAUGAGACUAACACCGCAGAGGGAGAAACUGAUCAAAUCUAAGUUUAGGAAUAGGCAGAGUUAUUGACACUUUUGCUUUAAAUUACCUUUAAGUGUUAAUUAUCAAUACAAAAGAGAGUAGAAAAUCAGCAUUUCGAGGUGCUAUUACACACUAAUUGUACUAUAGGGCUGAAAACAAUUCAAUCACACAAUCGUAAACUUAAAAUUAAUCUACUGCCUUGAAUCAGACUCAGAGCGUUGCACAGUUACUCUAUCACUGCCCUGAUAUAGCUGCUGCUGUUCUGUUUUUAUUCAGUAACUACUUUGUCCUAUUUGGUUUUUUUUACAACUGCAAACUAUCACAUGAUCUCUUCUAAAUGUACCUCAAAGAGAUAUUUUGGUAACACUUUAUUUGAUGCCUAUCUCUAUAAAUCAUUAUAAAUAUAUGUAUAAUGCGUAAUAUUCACGUUAUAGCACUGUAUAACUGUAGUUAUAAACACUCAUGAAUGAUCAUAAUGCUUUAUUGCAAUAAUCAAAAUACGUUAUAAAGCAUUUAAAUGACUUACAAGGUCAGGUAUUAUAAUGUGUUAUAACUGUUCACAACUCACUGACAGUUCCCACAUAGAUAAUAUAUUACACAUAUAUUUAUGAUGUGUUAUAAUUUGCUUAUUAACUUGUGUAACUAUCAUUAUAAACAUUCAUUAAUUAUCAUAGGGCUUUAUAACAAUAAGCAUAACAAAUUAUAAUACAUGAUAAAAUGCUUUAUAAUAUGUUAUGAUUACAGCUAUAAAGCAUUAUGAUCAUUUAUGAAUGUUUAUAAAUAUAGUAAUAUAUUGCUAUAGGAUGAUUAUAACGCAUUAUGCAUAUAUUUAUAAUACGUUAUAGAGAUAGGCACCAAAUUAAGUGUUACCGAUAUUUUCAGAGUUUGUUUUAAAGAUGAGAUUAGACAAAUCGGUUCCCUUUAGUUUGAAUAUUUGCUUUGAUAUUGUGGUUUUCAUGAUGAAUUUUGUGGUCUCUCAAAUUAAGUUAAACCGGUUGUUAUUCCACAUGUUACAUCUAUUUUAUUUCAUGGGGAAUUCAGAUCUCUUCUCCAGAAAAAACCUGCAUAUUCCACCACAUUUGAGCACUUCUAGUGACCUUCGCUCUGUAGUUAUUUUACAGAUGUGACCUUGAACUCAUCAUAAUGUAACACUAGUUCGUUCAGCGAGCCGCCCAGCCUCCAUCAACACUGGAAAACUAAUUUUGAUGACUGGGACUUGCUCUAAAGUCGGGGUGUGCUUGCCAAAGCUGCCCUCAGUGGAGUAGGUGGAGUGGAGUGUUUUGAUACCAAUGCAAGUUUUUAGAUUGCACUCCAUGCGCUCACAGUCUAGACAGUGAAACGAUAGGAAUAUCAAACUUCUUUAACAGGGUUAAAAAUUACCUUGGGCUUGUUUUUUAUGUCGCUCUCAUUCCUUUAAAAACCAUAAAUUCAUCUUAUCAUGUAGUGACCCCUGCAGAGGUCCUCCAAACAAAUCUCCAUCCUCAGUGUUAUUUUUUAAAAAUAAGCAUCUUUGCCUCAGUGCCAUGAUCUUAAAAAAUGUCCUCUCAUCCCGUUUCCUUCCAGCCAUCUAUUUUCCAACAAGACAGACACUCGUUACCCUGACGCCAUCGCUCUGACCUAUGACCCUGUCAGCCACUGGCUCAGCUGUGUUUAUAAUGAUCACAGCCUGUACGUGUGGGACGUGAGAGAUGUCAACAGGGUGGGGAAGGUGCACUCCGCUCUCUUCCAUGCAGCCUGUGUUGGAGACUUAGAGGUAAACGGGAAAAUCCAGGAUACACACAAUCUUGACCACAGCGUUGUGUCUUUUUGGUUUGAACACUGAUAAACUAAAUUAACUGUAUAUUAGUUGUACAGUCUCAGAGCCGGCCCAAGCCUCAAUGGGGCCCUAAGCAAAAUUUGAUUUUGGGGGGCCUCUAUUUCUGCCGAUAAUAUUGAUCAUUCACACACCUUCACAAAUCUCUUCGAUUAACAUUCCAUAACAUGCGAACAUACUUUGCAAUUUUCCCUUCUUCAUCCCUCUUCUUCCUCUUUCUUUUCUCUGCUUCUGAAGGAUAUGUCCUUUUUUGCGACAUUGUUUUGCCCCACAACUACUUGCUCUUUUGAUGCUCAGUGCACAUCGCACAGCAGGAGGCACAUAACGGUAGUGAGAGCUUUGACAUACGGCAGUAAGAAUCAUAGGCCUACAUCAACAGCAGCAGCACUAAAAUCUUUACUUUAUUUUAUUUUUUACAAUAAUAUUUAUCUGAUCACACAGAAAGCAUCGCUCAUACAUGCAAAAAAUAAAAAAAAUAUUUAAAAGGAUUUUUUUGGUUUGCUCUUGGGGGCCCCCUAUUGGCCACGGGGCCCUAAGCAGGCGCCUAGUUUGCGUAUGUCUUGGGCCGGCUCUGUACAGUCUGACUACUAGGAAAGGAAAUUAAUCAUCUACUGGAUGGAUAUGUUCAGAAAUCGUAAUGUUCAGCCUGCUGUAAUGGAUAUCACUGACUCCUGUAUUCCCCAGAUGUUUCCAGAUGUUCCUGGAGAAUUUGGCGCUGGUUUAACAUCAGGUGCGUUCCUCAGUUGCUCCGCUGAUAACACCAUCAGACUGUGGCGCACGGACGACUGGACUCAGUUUCAGAACAUCCUCAGCAGUGUGAGUUUGUCGUGAGCAAAAGAAAAUGUUCACCCUCCAAAUUAACAAAUUUUUCUAUUAAAGGAUAAUUUCUCUGUUUUUCGUUGCUCUGCAGGAUCUUCUGAAAAUCAUCUACAUAGACGGAAACACUAGUGCCUUGUUGGACCCUGAGUGCACAGCUAAUGUAAACACAGACAAAGCCGGCGGGGAUGGACAGACAGCAGAGAGCAGGACAGGUAUCAGGACCAUCUGUGUCAGUCCAGACGGCAAACACCUGGCAUCUGGAGAUCGCAAUGGGAUACUGAGGUAGGACGGCAAGGUUAAAGCUCAGACUGAUGGCCAACUUGAGUAACCUGCUUUCUAAAGAAGUGCAUUAAUAUUCUGCAGGGUGUAUGACCUGAGCAGCAUGGAGGAGGUUCUCAAAGUGGAGGCCCAUGAUGCGGAGAUCCUCUGUCUUGAAUACAGUAAACCAGAAACAGGUCAGUGUGUGAUUGUGACUGUGGAGGAGAAGACUAUUUCUGUGCUGGCUGACAUGUGUGAUUAAGCUGUUUUAUUUACUGUCAGGCCUGAAGCUGCUGGCCACCGCUAGCAGGGACCGUCUGAUCCACGUCUUGGAUGCUGAGGAUGACUACAGCCUGGUACAGACUCUAGACGAGCACUCCUCAUCCAUAACAGCCGUCCGCUUUGCUGGUGAGCCACUUGAGACACUGUCAACAUCUGACAGCUAAUCUUCGCUUAAUCCUCGCUUUCAUCUCCAUUCAGUCGCACACAAAGUCCCUCUUUUAUUCCUCCUGCAGUGAUGUUUGUUUAAAUAAUAGAUGGCGACUAUACAUGUGUAUUUAGGUGGAGCUUUGUUUGUUAAGAGAAAAGCCGUUUCUGUGGUGCGCUUAAUUUCUCUCAGCUGUCACCCUGACAUUAUUCACAAUUAUUGAGUCUCUGUUUGGAGUUACGUUGUUUACAAUAGCUGUAAAUGUUCCUCUUGGAUUGAAACUCCUUUAAAAAUACAUGAAGUAGCCGACGGAUUGCAUAAUCACUUACAGGCUUUUAAAAGCUGAGAUACUUUUUUAAAGUUUUAAAAGUUUUGGUUGAAUUUUGUUCCUUUUACAGCCAAUGACAACAAGGUGAGGAUGAUCAGCUGCGGGGCGGAUAAAAGCACCUAUUUCCGCACUGCGCAUAAGGUAAGACAUGUUGAAUCUGUUUAUUAUUGUUUUAAUGUUAUAAUAAUAAUUUGUUUUAUUUAUAUAGCGCUUUUCAUGAUACUCAAAGACACUUUACAUAAAGCACACAAUUUGAAUAUAGUGAUAAAAUAAAUAAAUAUAAGUAAGUAAAAUAGUUACAUGUUAAAAGCAAUUUUAAAAGGUGGGUUUUCAGAAGGGAGUUGAAGGAGGGCGAGUCAGUGCAGGAUCUGAUCUGGACGGGGAGAGAGUUCCAGAGGGAGGGUGCGGCAAUGGAGAAGGCCCUGUCCCCCCAGGUUCGAUGAGUCAUUCGGAGGGGUGGGGACAGGAGGUUGGCAUCGGAGGUUGCGGGGGGGGAUUGUGCCUGUGGAGCAGGGCGCUGAUGUAGGAGGAGGCCUGAUUGUGAAGAGCUUUAUGGGUGAGGAGAAGGAUUUUGAAGGUGAUACAGUUUGAAGGUGAAGCGGGUGUGGGUGAGCAGGCGGGCGGCAGAGUUUUUGAUGAGUUUGAGGAUGAGGGUUUCUGCAGCCGGGGGGGAGGUAGAUGGGCGGAGGCGGGCGAUGUUUCUGAGGUGGAAAUAGGUGGUUCUUGUGAUGUGGUUGAUAUGUUGUUCAAAGGAGAGUUUCUGAGUUGUCGAUGGAGAGGUGGAAGUUGUGGGCGCUGUUGAUGGAGGUCUUGGGGUCGAUGAUGAUGAGUUCCGAUUUGUCGGCGUUCAGCUGGAGGAAGUUGGUUUGCAUCCAUGAUUUUAUAUCGGUCAGGCAGUGGGUGAGGGUGGAAUGCGUUGUGGUGGUGAUGUACAGUUGAUGUAAUGUUGAGAUGUUGUGAAUUUUAUCUGUUGUAGGAGCUAUGCUGCUGCCCUCUUGGCCAGGUCUCCCUUGUAAAAGAGAUUUGUAAUCCCAAUGGGACUAACCUGGUCAAAUAAAGGCUAAAUAAACUGUCUUGCAAAUAAUCACCAUCAAACAUCCAGUCUUAUAUUUUAGUUUUCUGAAAGACUACUACUACUUUCUCCACUUUCUCAGCACAGUUAGCUUAGCUUUAGUUACUGUUUCCCCCCUUUUUAGCCCCUCAAACUAAGAACUGCAUCGUCACCAUAACCCGAUAUAUUUAUCCUCUGUGAGUGAGUAAAUCUGGACCACAAUAGGAGCUUUUAAGCUUUAACUUGUGUAACUAAGUGAUGCAGCCUCUAAAUUUGCUUCUGGGUCACUGGGGCAAAUUUCUGUUUGGUCAGAGUUACAGAUUUCUCCUUAAGACGCGAGUCAGGCCACCGCGGUGACUCAUAGGCGUUCGAUUUUACUGAGGAACAAUAAACAAUGGCUCGUUGGUCUUUGGAAAAACUCCUCUGCGUUCGGUCAUUUCCGCAGCACUCGAUGAAGAAACGAGUUCUGACAGGUCUGAGCUCGGCUGCUGUAAAGGAGCAUCUGUUAUCAGUUUCUGAGUCGUACUCCAUGUUCUGCCUUUAAUGUAAUUAAAAUUAGGGAUGUGCCAAAGCAAUUAAUUCUGUUGUUUAAAUGAAAAACUCAAAUCAAUACUAACUGGCUUUCCUAAGGGUGGAAAAAAAAAUCAAACUCUGUGUAGUGCAGCAUUAAAGCAGUGGCUGUUUACAAGAGCAACAUUCCCAAGACACACAUUUCAGGCCUACAGUAAUAGAGAUACAAAUUUAACCAAUUCUGUUGCCUGCAAGUAAAGGUGACUACUUGCACUAAUUUAGUUGACUAAUCUGGCACGUCUUAGGUUAUCCCUUGCAUAUGUGAACGCCCGCUUAUAUAAAAUAACAUUACGACACUGUAUAAAGUUGUUCCCUUCAGCUUUAAGAUUCCUGGAAGUGCUGGUUUUCAUACUACAGCAAAAAUGCAUUUUAAGUAGCUGCAGCCUCUGAUUCGUCUCCUGUGUCAUAAUAAAUUUAUGAUUACUGGAUUGUGGUUCAUUUUUAUUGUUUCUUGUACAAGACUGAGGAAACAGAGAUAAAAAAAACAGGUGAAAAAUAGCAUGCACACAGACUGUAAGGUCAGUUAGUUGAGGGAUCACAAGCAGUAAUAUUGAAUUUUGGGGGAUUUUUAAAUAAAAUCAACAAGACAAAUGCUGCGUUCCAGUUACCUCGGAAGUCAGAUGUCGGAGCUGGGGAUGAUAUUACUCCCGAGUUGACGGCGUUCCAGUUAGCGAUAUAUUUUUUUGUAGGAUAAUAGGGGAAAGUCCAGCCUUCUCCGCCUCUGAUUGGCUAGAAAAGCUGGAAACAUCAUCACACGCUCAAGCCAAAUGCAGGCUGUCGGCUCUGUACGCCGAACAGAACGUUAGCGAACAUGAUCACACUUUUGAAUCGCCUAACCCUAGCCCCAAUCCCAACUCUAACCUUAAUCCGACAGAUGAUGACAUUUCAUAGUCAUAAGGAAUAACCAAUCGGAGCCCAGCACUUAUAGCCAAUCAGAGGGGAAGGAGGGCGGGACCUUCCCUUACCAUCCUACAAAGCAAAAUUUCGCUUCCAGUCAACAAGUCAGAAAACCAAGAUGUACGCCGACAGUUAGCCAUUGUUAGCUGUUGUUUACAAUUGUCAGUUGUUGUCAGCCGUUGCUAGUUGUUGUUAGCUAUACCAGUUGUAAACAACGCAUAACACAGUAUUUUACACUUACAAACACCAUAGCACUGUGUUCACAGUUAGAUGUUGGGCAGUACAACAUAAACCACUUAUUUAAUUUUACAAAAACAAAACAGAAGUGCUAAUAAAUAACACACUAUGAAAGCUUUCACUGUUACUCUUUACUGUUGAUGCACUGUGCUACCAUCUUGGAUUAUGACGUCGUCAAAGGGGGGUUGAAUUUCCAACUCGGAGCUCGGAAAUCCCAACUUCUGAGUACAACUGAAAUGCAUCCAAAUACAUGAAUGAAAGACUGGAACAUAUAUAGACAGUUCAUCAAUUAUUAGUUAGGAUAAAUUUUCAGUUUCUGACAUUUUGUUUUGCAGACUGAUAGAGGAACUGAGUUCAGAUGUUCCCACCACAACGUGAGGAAGACCACGCUCUAUGACAUGGGUGUCGACCCCACAGGCAGGUACACUGCUGUCGCCUGUCAGGACCGCUUUAUCAGGUGAGCGUGUGUCUUGCUUUUAAAAGUCCACAGGGUAAGAGAUGAGGGUAAAUGCUUUUAAAGACCUGAUCUUUUGUAGUGAAGUAGUUUGACUAAGUUUGCAAUUGUUUGCAGGAUUUUCAACAUCAGCAGCGGUAAACAGAAGAAAUUCUACAAGGGGUCUCUGAGCGAGGACGGCAGUCUGCUGAGGGUAACAUAUCUCAAACAGGCAGAAAUAUCCUGGCUAUGUCGUUAUCUAAAUAAGGAGCAUAUUAAUAUUUAUUAUUUAUUGCUCAUUUAUUUGUUGACUAAUUUUUUGAUUCGGUAACACUUUACAAUAACCAUAAUUUAUAAAUAGUAAAUAGAUAGUAUAUUAAUGUGUAAUCAUCAUUUAAAAACAGCAUACAGACCAAUUAUAAAUGGCAAAUAGACAGUUUAUUGAUGUAAGUUAAUAGUAACUUUACCAUUAACAAGCAUUGAAAUUAUGAUUAAUAAUUCAUUAGUUAUUAAUGGACUAUUUAUUAAAGGUUUAAAUAGGGUUUAAAUAUUGGUUGUAAAACAUCUAGAUUGAAAUGUGUGUCAGUAGCACUUUGUAAAUGGUUAAUAUUUGUUUUUUAAACCAUCUGUAAACAUUACUUAGAUGGUUAUUGUAAAGUUUCAACUGAUGUUUUUAAUACUUACUAAUGUUUAUAAGUAGUUUAUAAACUAAGUAUAAACAUUACAAGUUAGGGUUAGGGUUAGGUUUUUAAAUGUCUAAAAUUUACAAUUUAUUAAUGGUCUAUAUGCUCUUUAUAAAUGAUGAUUAAACAUUAUUAAACUAUCUGCUUACCAUUUAUAAAUGGUCUAUUUACCAUUUAUAAGUUAUGGUUAUUGUAAAGUGUUACCGUUGGUUUAAUUUAUCUUUUGAAUUUUUUAUUGUAUUAGGACAUUCCUUUAUUUACCUCUUCUGUAUUAUUCAUAUCUUUAUUAUUAUUUUCAUUUCUGCCAUAUGUUUAAAUUAUUGGAUGUUGUUGCAUAAAUACAAAAAUGUUUAAUGUAAAAAAAAAAGCCUAUUAAUGUGAAUAUUUCUUGUCCUGGCAGGUUCAGUUCGAUCCCUCUGGUCAGUAUGUGGCCACCAGCUGCUCUGAUAAAAACAUCAGCAUCUUCGACUUCUUCACUGGGGAGUGCGUCGCCACCAUGUUUGGACACUCCGGUAAGAAAAUCACAUCUUUUUCCGUGCUCUAAAAACACAAAUACUGAAGCAAAUUAACUGAACAUCGCCGUCUGUUUUGUUUUGCAGAGAUUGUUACUGGGAUUAAGUUUACCAACGACUGCAAGCACUUGAUCUCUGUGUCAGGCGACAGGUGAGAAGCAGUAGUGUGUUUAGUGGCUCGACUGGAUACACAGUGGGUGAAAUCCAGCAUAUUUAAGUGUAUGGCUCAGACUUCAGUAACAAGCACAGCCAUAAUAACAAUGAGCCAUCUAAAUAUGAAUAACUCGGUGGAAGUGAGGAACUGUAGAGGAGCAGUAGUCUCCCCUCUACUCUACCCAAUUUUAAAUCAUCCUGAGUCUCUGCUGCCAGAGGAAAUGAGCAGGGAAAUGUGUUUGCAGACAGUUUCCUCAACAGUCGAGCUGAGAUGAAAUGCUGAAUUUUUAAUGCCUGAAUGCUUUUAUCUCCCAGCUGUAUCUUUGUAUGGCGGCUGGCUCCAGAACUGACAAUCAGCAUGAGAGAGAGGCUCUGCCAGCUCCGACAAAACCAAAACACAUCUCCUGGAAAGACCCCAAGCCUCAGGUGAGGACGCACUAACACCACCUUCAGCUCUCAGAGGAACGUUUGGUGGUAGCAGUUAUUACAAAAAACCCUUUUUACUCCAGAUAAGACAAUAAUUCAUAUGCUGAAAUCCGUGUCUGUAAAUCCAGGCGAGAGGUGUACAGCGCCCCCACUCUGGGCGGCCUGUCCUCUGACAGUGACCGUGAGCACGAGGACGAGGACGGAGCAGAGAACGACAACCACAUCGACUCAGAGGACAUCGCGACAAACACGUCCUCUGACAGCAGUCACGGAGAGGAGGACACAGGUAGUUUAUAAACACAAACACAGACCAGCUGUUUACUGAGUCAGAACACGGUUUCAGCGAGUACAUGUUGUUUGUGUUGGAAAGAAUCUGCCACCUGUAGUUAUCCUGUCCUCUGUCCUCUCUGCGGCUCGACUCUCUGAUGAAACAUCAAGAGAAGAGCGAGCGGAAUUUGUUUUUAAGCUUCUGAUCAGUGUUCUCUUGUAAUCCACAGGCUGCUCAGAUGAGGGACAGAGCUGGACGCCGACGAAGGUUGGUCAUUAUUUCAGUAUGAAAGCUUUUCUUUUUUUGCCAUAUAUUAUUUAUUUAUAAAUUUAGUGUUGUUGACAAAAGAGAGUCCAUAAAUCCUUCCCAACCCACCCACUCUCUUCACAUAGCAACAGGAAGGAUACCAUUAAACAGAGUAAAUAAAUAAUAAGUAGAUUAGUAAAUACAAAUCUACAUGAACAUCUGCAUGUACAUUACACAUGCAGGUAAAUCAAAUUUCAUUUCCAGAGUUUUCAAAAUUUCAGAAUUCAUCAUUUCAGAAAGAGUUCAAUCUGCCACAUCCUGAAACCUCUUCUUACUUUUAACACAAUUAAGUGAAUUCGAGGAACGUUUCCUCUGCCAUUAUUUAGUCAUUUUGAAAACCAUCCUUUCUCUGCAUCCUCUGUAAAUGAAGAUUUCAAGAAUAAAGUCCUAAAUUUGUGAAAUUAAAGUCACAAUCUUGUGAAAAGAAACCUUCUUCUCUUAAGUUUACAAGUGUAAGAGUGAAAUCUCUUUUUUUUCCCUGAAAGGAGGCUCUUGAUUUGUGGAAAAUCAAAACUAAACAUCAAAUUUUCUACAAUUUUCAGAUAAAUUUGAUCAAAACUGAUCAUUCAACAAUGCAAUAAUAUUACAAAUAAAAAUCACUGCAGCCCCUUAAUUUAAUUCUCAAACACUGUGUAACAAUCAGUGAAUGUCUGCGGCUCCAGCCUUGUAUCUCUCUUUGAGUUUUCCAUCAGUACUUUAGAGGGACUGAAGUGGCUUAAAGGAUCUCGGCCUUCACUCCACCACACAUGAGAUUAAAUCCUCCAUGAUGCACCAGAGGGGAAACAUCCCGCUGAGUCCAAGGAGCGAUAAAGGCCAAAUAAAUUCCACCGUAAAACACGCAGUUAGAGUCAGAGCGCUUAAAACCAGAUCACACAGACGACUCCGAUAUGGAAGAAACUGACUCUUCAAGUCCUUUAUUCUCAUUUUCAGAUUUAUUUUUCACUGUGUCAAUGUCAAUCUGUGUGUUUUAUUUUUUUUCUAGCACGUGGACCCCGGCCAAGUUACUCCAAACCCAACUAAGCGUCCUCGGAGACGCUGGUCUAAUCGUAUGGGCUCUCUGGAGGUGAUGGUUAAGUCCAUGCUGGACCUGAGGCAGCUGGACUCCUUCUCACAUAAGAAGAACCCAAACUGUCUGCGUCAUGAUAGAGAACGUCAGAGCACAACCAGCCUCCAGGAGUCUGAGGUAGGCUGAGAUCUACUCUGAGUCCCAGAGAGCGAAACAAAAGGCUGCAUGUGUGUGUAAUACUGAAAUGUAAAGAUGUUAUGCUAAUUUUCUGCCGCUGCAGUUGGAGGAGAGAGCCAAGAGGCUUUGGCCUUGGCCCCACUCUGACUGGCUGUCCUCCCACCCAUCCAAGGGCAUCAGGGGGACUGAUGGAGCUGUGCUGUACCCUGAAGAGAACGAGAACCAUACAAGUCCACAGAGCAGGUAAAUCUCCACUGACGUAAUCAAAAUGACACUGAUGGGGAUUAAAAAUGCUUAUUUUACGUUAAUUUCUGGUUUCAAUGUCCCCCUCCUCUCCUUUUUCCAAUUACACACAACAGUGAAUACAAAGUGAAAGAGCAGCACUGCAGGAUGCAGGGGCGAGGGACUCACAGCCAGAGCCAGGAGAGCCGCAGCCCAGACAGCGCCUGCUCUCUGGACUACGACAGCAGGGAGUCCAGCCCGGACCAGCUCCAGGAAGGUGAGAUCCUGAGCUCAAGACACACAAACAAAAAAAUCAAUAUCACAGUCUAAAAGUCAUACAGAACUUUAUUUUUUAAAUGUUACCUUCUUUGAACCAGCUUUGUCCUCCCAGUGAAGAGGCUUUGUUCAGAUCAGUAUGGGAGAGGUUGACGAUAAAAAAGUAAAAUCAAAAGUUAGAUUAUGAGUCUGUUCGUGCACAGAAAGCUUAGACUGAGCAGAUUUUAUCAUCAGUUCGAAGGUUCAAAAAAAAGGGUCCAGAUUGUACCGUGUGUGAAGUGUAGAAACAAAAAGACUUUCUUCCUCAGUUCAAGAAAUUACACAACACACAGAGAGAGAGAAAGGAUUGUGGAUUUCAUUGUUCAAGUUUCAGAGGAAGGAUAAGCAGUUUGUUUUUCCUAGAAUGGGUUUGUAAAUCACACACUCCUGAGUCUGGGUGGAAAUACUCUGAAUACAGGCCGCUUCACUUUUCAUCAUCAAAUAGGUGGUGAGUUAACGCACAGUUACACAAAGUCUCGGGAAAAUCAUCACUCGACUUUAUGUCUGUCAUAAUCUUUGUCGCAGAGGUGUGCUCAGAUUAUUUCGCAGAGGUGAAGCAGCUCGAGCACUGACUAAUAAAGCAUAAUUGCAUAUAAAUAAUAAGCAUUUAUUUACGCUGUUUGUCUCCGGUAAUUAUGUCUAUGAACUAAUGUUCAUGCGGUGCACAGAUGUAUUUUUUCAGAUGUAUUCUGCUACUAUGCAGUUGUUUGCUACUUGGUUCUAAUUCAGCACAUAAUUGGUUCAGCGUGAAGCAGACCCAGAGCAACUCUCCUUUUCAUCGGUUAUUCAUAUAGUCUACCAAGACAUGGCAGAAUGCCGACUAUUGAAAAGAAUAUUGACCAUGUUUUAUGUUGAUAUUGAGGGAAAUUAAUUUUUCGAUGUAUAUCGUUAUCAUUUAAUCGCCCAGCCCUAUGUGCUACGAAGAAAGCAGCCUUUUGCAAAAUGGUCUCUGAUGGGUCCCACCUCUGACCAAGCAAACAGCCAAUCAUAGCUAUUGGGGGGUGGCCAAUUAUUUAUCAAGGAGGGCCCGUGACAUGUGUCUGAGUAGACAAUUAAAUACCACCUCCCCAUUUACACAAACCAAUUCCAUCAGACAUGCCUAAUUUAUGAUCUUGAAGUGUCUAAGAAAAUAAGUUUGGUUUUCCACAUUGAGAACAAUUAAUGGUAUACAAAGCUGCCAUUACGCUUCAUGAAAGAUAAGAUGAGGAUAGGAUAUGUAAAGCUGUAAGUGGCACAUCUGACAGCAUAGAAAUGAAAAGCAGGCAUUGAACUAUAAUGUUACAGAUAGUGGGCCAAGAACCAAACCAUGUGGGACACCUUUGUUGACUUGGAAGAACCUCAGAGGAAGCAUCCUUUAAUUGAAGUAGCUUGAUUUGUCCAGUGAGAUUGUUUGAGGCUAUCUCAGUGUAAACUCAGGAAACAAACAACUCAAUAAAGGGAGGUUAUAAUUUAAACAAUGAUUGGGAUUAAAUUUAUUGAAUAAUUUGUUUGGAGAGAAUAUACACAAAAGUCUAAAUGUGGGAAGAUGUUCAUUUAAGGACACUUUAACAGAAUCUGAACAUGUCUGAAAGGAGCGCUCCUGUAGAGUAAGCUUUACUUAUGUUUCAGUAACUCUGAAUUGAUGUUAAAGUCAAACCUGUAUGUUUCAUCUGAGUAUUUUCUGUUUCAAGUUAAAAAUGUCAGCUCAAAGUGUGUCAAGUGCUGGAUUUAAAAUGAGAAGUUGAAAUAUACAUGAAAGCCCCGAUCUCUCUUUAACGUGAAGUAAAGAUUUAGUCUGCCGUGUGGGGUUUGAGCGCACAGAGGCAGAGUUUUAAUUCACCUUCAGACGUCUCUGCGGCGUAAACCUCUGUGCUCUGUCUGGUCAUUUCUUGAAGAUUAUCUUAGAUCUCUCUUCUUUAUUCAAUAGAUGUAAAAAUAAAGGUCAAGGGGGGGCUUGAAAAGCUGUUUUUUUUCUCUCUGUCUCUCUCUUCCUUGUGCCUCGGCUGAACUUUUUCACCUUUUAUGCUCCAGAUUCUGCUGAUGUCGAGUCCCUGAGCCCAGACAGCUCUGAUGAGGAGGACGAAGACACAGAAGAGGAGGAGGAGCAGCAGGCGGAAGUGACGAGUAUAGACGAGGCUCUGAGGACAGUGACUGAUACUUCUGAACACAGCCAAGAAGAUUUCCUCAAUCAGAACUUUGAAACCCUGGGAGAGGGCUCCAGUACGGGUAAGUGAUGUUAAACACUUCAAAAACAGUCAGAGAAAUUCUUCAAAGUUUGGUAAAAUUGGACUCUUGUAGCUGCUGUGACUAAGAUAAGAAAUUUGAAACCACUUAGAUUUUUGUCUCAUGAAUAUGCAGUGAAGCUUUGAAUCUAACAGUCGUAAGAUUGGUGUAUUUUUUAUCUCGUCUUGCAAAAAUAAACCUUUAUACACACACACACACACACACACACACACUUAUAUAUAUAUAGUGUCGCUGUCCAGUAAAAAAACAAGAAUCUCCAAAAUUUGUUUUUUUCAGGAACAUUAAAAAACAAUUUUAUUCAUAAACUACCUAACAGAAUAAACCCAAAACACUGUAAUUAGACACAAUUAGGACCUGCAAUCAAAAUCUACAUUUACACAGUCAUUAAUGACCUGUUUGAUAUUUUAAACAGACUUAUGUACUUUACGUUUUGAGUGAUAAUGGACAUAAGAGUUUUUUUAAUAAUGUGCUCCAAUAACAUUUGGUUAUUUACGAGUUUUUUUCAAGUAUCCUGUUUAUGUCUCACUAUGUUGAUGAACUAUUGAUUGCAGGCUAUCCUACAUUUCCACGUAGCACAUUAGUUGCCAAACUUUUUGAGUCACGAAUCCCAAUUUGGUGUCUGCGACCAAGUGUGAGAGAGAAAAACAGCAGCAGCUUUGCCUCUAGGGAUGAACUUUGGCUCAAAAAAUUUAACGGACAGAUAAGCAACACCGUCAGAGUUAGAAAAAAGUUUUAUGUGAGGACAUGAAUGUAGCAUUACCCUGAACUGUAAUGAGUCUGUCACAGUGUAAAAACGUGAAAAUGCAGGGCCAGGGCGGGAGAUACGUGCUUUGUUGACACUUUCAACACCCAAUUGAGAUACAUGUUGAAAAGAUGUUAUAAAAUGUCUUUCCAUCGGUCAUUUGGAUACCUAAAGAUUAAAAAUUAACAAUACUUGUGCAACAGGUCGUACUGCAGGCCUGUUUUGAGCCUCUUACCAAAAUGGAGUGCACAGUAGUAUUUUGCUUUUACAAAUAAAGGAAAUCACAAGGUUUGAGGAGGUUAGUAAAAAUAAUAACCUACAGGACAAACUAAAGCAAAAAGCUACAACAGCUGACUUUCAGACCUUUGCUGAAGUAGAUAAGAUCGAUGGAUAUAAUCGGUUUUCUGUGUAAGGAUCAGCUGAUCCCCCAAAAUUGAGGAAAUCAGCUGGACGAUCGAUCGCUGCAUGUUUAGUCUAGAUCGCUAAAAGUGGAGAUUCACGCUUUCAUUGGACAGUGACGAUAUAUAUAUAUAGAGGUUUAUAUUGCUGUUCCCCUACACUGUAUUUUUGCACAGCAUACUUUGGGUCAAUCCACUCUGCCCCUGCUCCUUUUUCUCUCUGUGUCUCUGUGUGUUUUCACUUCUCCCUGCUACUUUCUCCAUUAUCCUUUUUUUUCUCUGUGUCUGUCCACAGUCGAGCAGAGCAGAGUCCCCAGGCUCAGUAUGUCUUCACGCUUCCUGGCCAGAGGACAUAAUAACAGGUACUGUUGUCCACUUUAGCCCAGUGUGGACUCACAGCUAUAAUUGCAAUCCUAUGUGGACUCAUGAACACGGCUCUGCUAAACCAUCUGUGCAGCUUUGUGAUGGAGCAAAGCUGUCAGGUUAAAUGACAACUAUGUUUGUUGUUAUUUCGUGUUUGAAGGAUCAAUUUUUCUAUUAAAAAGUGAGGCCUGUAGGGUUUGAAGUCACUGUAUAUUUUUAAAAAAGACUAAUGUUUUGGGAAAUAUGUUUAUUCCCUAAUCUGCAAGCUAAAUAUGAAGCUACAACUAUUAUUUCAACUGCUUAGUUUUGCACAUAGGCAGCUAGCGUGAAAAAACAACCUGUAAACCAUUUACUGUGUUUGUGCUCAGCUAUAUUAGUUGGCUGCAGGAUAUAAUUUCAGGUUGAAGGCACAGACAUGAGAGAGGAAUCAUCCCUCUCAUCCGACUCUGCAGGGAUGUGAACGAGUUUGUUUCCCAGCACGUUCAACUUUUUCCGCAGGAACACACGGCAUGUUUCUCUCACCUGCUCCCCCUAACCUUGUGAUGCGUUCUCCCGGUGUAGGGCAGUGCCCCCAUUUGCCAGAGUGCAUGGAAAGGAACAAGGCUGCAACUCCGCUAAGCCCCCUGUGUCAAAAGUUCGGCCCAUGAUGGAUGAUAGCCAGAGCAGAGACACUGAGGAGAAGACCCCCGUGUCCCCUGCAAGGUAGGGAAAAAAAUCACAGGUUAGGAGGUGUGCAGAGUUUAUUUUUAGGCAGAAUUCAGCAAAAGUUAACAAAUAAGACACUUGUACAACCCAAUUUCUAUAGAUGGAAAGAGAUUUACCAUUAUAUGAGAGACUGGGUGAGGUUAUAGGUCAGCUACUCCGGAAUGAUGUUCCUGGGUUAGGAAUUUUAGUAACACUUUAUUUGACGCCUAUUUCUAUAACGCGUUAUAAAUAUAUGUAUAAUGCAUAAUAAUCACGUUAUAGUACUGUAUAACUAUAGUUAUAAACAUUCAUAAAUGAUCAUAACGCUUGAUAGCAAUAAUCAUAACACAUUAUAAAGCAUUUUAUCAUGACUUACAAGGUCAGUAUUAUAAUGUGUUAUAACUGUUGACAACUCACUGAUAAUACCCACAUAGAUAAUGCAAUGCAACUGUUAUUAACAGUUAUAACACAUUAUAAUACCUGACCUUUUAAGUCAUGAAUAAAUGCUUUAUAAUGUGUUAUUAUUUUUGCUAUAAAGCAUUAUGAUCAUUUCUGAGUGUUUAUAACUAUAGUUUUACAGUGUUAUAACGUCAUUAUAACACAUUAUAAAAUAUGUUUAUAAUGUGUUAUAGCAGUAGCGUCCAAUAAUGUGUUACUGGAAUUUUAUCAUCUAUGGUAAAUAGUAUCACUGAAAGAUAAAAAGAAUCUGGAGAAAUCAUGAGAAAAAUAACAAAACUGGACCCUCAGGUGGCCCCGCAAUAACAAAACACAACUCUGUGAUGGAAAUCACUGCAUUUGCUUUAAGCCACUUAAAAAAAAAACAUUGUUUAUUUCUGCAUCUGCAGCUUAAAACUGCACCAUGCACACUUCCAUACCUGUAUAAACAUGAUGCAGCACCUGAAAUCUUGUAUCAGGCAAGAACAAGACAACAUAUCUCCUAUAAAACUCCAGAAACCUCUCAUCCCCAAACACAUACGAAGAGCCCACUGAGCAUUUUCGGUCUAAAAGAGGUCUAAUAGACGUCUAAAUGUGGCCUGGACGACUGGUCUAAAAUCAGAGCUGAAUCUGAGCUAUAUCUAUACUACACAGUAUAUUGCUCAACAGCUAUCAUAAUUAUUUUGAUUAAGUACUUGAAGAUCAGUUGUGCAACUCAUAGUUGCAUUUUGUAAUAAAUAGUUAUUGAAUAAUGGGUUAAAGUGCAACGUCUAAAACUAUACAGAAUCUAGACAGUUGAAAAACUAGAUUUCUAAUAGCCGUCUAUUGCUCAGGGGGGAGUUAUGGAAAAAAGAGGUGAUGCAACACAAUGGUAAACCUGCUCCAGCUGUGUUUGCAGCAUCUAAUUUUAAAUGAACUUCAGCUCUUUAUCAAACAGUAAAAAUGUAAUAUUUGAAUGAUUUGAAAACCGUCAAAUUCUGUUUUUAUCCACCGUCCUGACUCUUAUGGAAGUGGGAUCGUAGAUUAAUUUUAAAUGAGGUAAAACAAAUCAGGGAAAAAUUGAGCAAGUCCUCUUAUAUAUCUGUGCACUUGCAAAUAAACCCAAAUGGUUUACAGCAUUGCUGAUGAAAUGAUACACAAAGUUUUACAGAAGUAUUUUCUCUGACGGAUGUGACAUGUGCAAAGUGAUUUUAAAGCCUGUGUUUUUCUCCUGUCUGCAGGGUCAGUUCACCGAAGGCUGAGAGCGCUCCAACCCUUAGACUCAUAAAGAAGAAGGGGCCCCACCUGUGGAGGUUAUCCACUCCCCCGAUCAGAGCUCCGCUGCCGUUCGACAGAGAGUCGUGUUUACAGAAGUCACAGUCUGUUCAGAGCCUGGUCUUGGACUGUGAGUUUCAUCUUCUUCUUCUUUAUCCAUCACUUCAAGUUUAAUUUAUAUUACCCAUUAGUAUCUAAGCUGUAUUGGCUUUUGGUUAAGCUGUACAAAGACUGCAUUUAGACAUAAUUCCUCUGUGGAGUUUUGCAAAUAUGUUUAAAUCAGGUUAGACUUUGUUUGGAUAUUGCUUUUAAUUUGCAGUGAUGGGUUUAUAGCACAGAAAACUAAGAGUUCAUUCAUAAAACUUUAACACAACCUCAUAAAAUGUCUGUUCAUUCUUUAAAAGAGUCAAAAUAAUCUCCUCUCUCCCUUUUUACUCCAGCUCCUCACUCACCGGAGCCCUCUAGUGACCAAAGAGAGUUCUGCAAGAGACCUCAGCAGCUUUUUCUGGAUCCCAGCGCUACCAGGCCGUCUUUCCAGUUAUAUUCCCCCUCCUCCAGCUCCCCUCAGUCGUCUCCUUCUCCUCUGCCCUGGGAGAGCCCCAAACUCAAGCCCCCGCUCUCCUACAUGAGCCCCACCGCCAGCUCAACAGCCAAAAGCAGCCGCUCCUCCUCGCUGGGAGAGGGCAUCAACAUGAGCACUCCACCUUGCUCCCCCUCCUUCGUCAAAGGCAGGAGGUCCUGUGGCGAUGUGGACAUCCAACCUCUGCUCACCUCGUCUCCCAUUGCGGCGUUCCCCUCCGCAGCCUCAUCGACAUCAUCUCUCUUCUCGUGUCCUCAGUCGAGCAGCCCCUCUCCAACUCAUACCCACCCCACUGCCGCAGUUUCACCCACUCCCUUCUCCCAGAACCUGCCGCAAUCUCGCAUCCCGCUUCCCAAACAGCCUCUCAGCCCCAGACGCAGCCUCUGCCUGGACGUGAUACCUGGGUCGAGUUGGUCCGGAGGAUCAGUGAGGGGUUCAAAUCCUGCAAUUAACUCUGGAUGUGACACUGCGGCUCCAUCAGGACACAGAGGUGAGAAAGAAAGACUCAUGCUGGAGAGAGGAUAACCAAACAUGUGAAAGUAAGAAGCUGAAAUGACAGGUUGUGUGUAUUUUGUUCGUUCCAGCACUGGGCAGGCGGCUUUCUCUGCGAGUAGACCCGUCUGUACAAAGUUCAAACCGAGGGAAGCUGAAGAGAAGCUCGCUUUCAGAAGUGUAAGUCUUUACGAUUCUCUUUCACAAGUUCUGCUCACAAAUUUGCCUCGAUUUGUUUGGUUUGAUUGUCGAAAGCAAGAGUCAAAAUUUUUCCCGGUAUGUUAUUUUGAUGCAUGUUCAUGAUUCUUCUGUCCAGUGCCAAGGAGUCUGCACAGCUAGCUGUAACCAAAGAGAGCCCCCUGGUGUCUGGACAGACCCACACAUCGAGCGCUGACCCUCAGCCAGGUGUGACCUCAGAGAGCUCAUUUACUAACCUGUCUGUCGCUACUACCGCUCCUCUUCAUCGCUGCAUCUCUUCACCCUGCUCGCCUUCGGCCUUCUGGCCCGUCUGUCCUGUUCCUCCGUCUGUCUCUGUGCCCUCCUGCUGCCAGCACUGCGAUUACAACAGUGAGUCCACUGAUGUCAUGUAGGAUAACAUGACGUAAAGUAGAUGUUUGGAGAUAUUUGAGUGUUAGAUUUGGUAAAAACAGCACAUUGUUUAAAAUGAAAAGCAGUCGGUAAGCUUUUAAAAUCAAAGUUAGAGCCACUGUGUGUUUUUUUUUAAAUAAAACACACAAAAUUAACACUGAUCCCUUUAUAUGACCGGCAAAAGCAAAAUAAAACUGUCAGUAAUAAAUAUGUGUUAAAGGGAUAUUCCGGCGUAAAAUUAAUUAAGGGUCAAACACAUCGUAACACAGAGUAAGACACCUCCUUGAGAGAUGAAUGUUGCCGACUGCUCGCUUCUCCAGUUAUAAAUAGACAUAUACAGCCUUGAAUACAAAGCUUAAAGGGAUACUCCGGCAUAAAAUUAAGUUAGGAUCAAACACACCGUAAUACCAAGUUAGACACCCCCCUCGAGAGAUGAAUGUUGUCAAUUACAGCGGGGUGACGCAGCUCAAGGAAGAACAUUUAUGAUCAUUACUUUAUCAUUUCCUUGAAUUAAUAAUCACUAUAUAAAUCAUUUUGCACUGCAGACUUUGUAGUUCUUCUGCCUUAGCGUCUCGGUCUGAUUGCAUUUCCAUGAAGUAAUGAUCAUAAAUGUUCUUCCUUGAGCUGCGUCACCCCGCAGCAGUCAACUGUAGGUCUCGCUACAAACAAGCGGCUGCUGGAAGAGAGUAGGUGAGUUGUGUUUGGGCUCUUUGUUAAAGAAAUCAGGCAAAGCUAAAAAGAUGUUUGGUGGCUAGUGCUAUGGCUGGGACUUUAUAUGUACUGUUGAUGACGUUAGGUGCUGUUCUCAGCAUUCUUUGUGGCUAUAGAGUGGAUUUCUGGUUGAGCGUGUGGCUCUCUGUAUUGCUAUCUGGGGUCGCUACUAAAGUUAUAACUAGAGAAGCAAGAGGUUGGGAACAUUCAUCUCUCAACAGGGUGUCUAACUCGGUGUUAAGGUGUGUUUGACCCUAACUUAAUUUUACACCGGAAUAUCCCUUUAAAGAGCAUUAUCAGCAGAGAUAUAUGAAGUACUGCAUUAUACACAGGGGCCUCCAUAAUUGAACAGGAGUUCCUCACAGCAGCUUUAAAAUGUCAAUAAAUUAGAUUCUUGAGAACCUCAGCAGAGUUUAGUGCAACAGGUUUGAUUGUGCAGACUCUCCUCACCUCUACUCGACUCUAGUCAUCCACUGAAUCUUUAAAAACAGGAUUUUAAGCCUCGUUAUACAGCAGAAAGACUUCACUGAGAACCACCGACCUUACUGAUGCAAAAAGAUCCCCUGAUGACGCUCAGUGAAUGAUAACUAAGUCAGCAGUUCGUUUUUAAAACAGAAGCCAAACAGAGGUGAUCCCGUCUCCUGUUUUUUUUUUCCUACAGCUUAGUUUUUCUGCAGAAUAGAAAGUCGUGAAAUCGUUUUUCUCGGUUUCACUGCUCGCACAGCUUCUGCUCUCUGGAUUUGUUUGUGCGGCAGCCUCCUCCUGUGUGUUUCGAUCUUGCUAACUUUACUGUGUUUUUUUCCUUGGGAUGCUCUUUAACAUUUGCAGCGGUCUGUUUCACUCGAUCAUCGUGUGUUUCUGCGAGCGCUGCUUUUCUCCAUGCUGUGUUCGACUUAAGAGUAAAGAGUCUUUUUUUCUCUCUCUGUCCGUCUGCAGAUCUCUCCAUCACCGUGGAAACUUGUCGGCAGGCUGUUUCUGAGCUCCACAGCAGUCUGAGGAAAACCGUCAUGCUUUACACUAAGGUCAGAAAGGCUGUGCGUGUGUGUGUGUUUGUGUGUGUUUGUGUGUCGAGAAAUAUCUCAUCAUAAAAUGGGAGCAACCCCCUACAAGUGCCUAAACAAAGUCAGCUUGUUUUCAUGGACAGAGGCACUAAAAGAGCUUUAUCUGUAGGAAAACCUCCUCCUGUCUGUCUGCUCUGAACAUGAAUAAAUCACCUGUCUGUGUUCAUUCAAACCAGGUGCUACAGUGUAACCAGCAGCCCAGUGAGGAUCAUCAAGAGAUGAGGAGCCUCCUGUCUGAAAGUCUGUUCACUGUCAAAGCCGAGCUGGACUCUCUGCCUCACCAACCUUCCUCACCCUCCUCCCCUCUGUGUGAGGGUCUGCGUUUGGACCAGGGAUCCAAAGUGGAAGGGGAAAAAGCUCUGGCUCUGCUGGAGCAGUACGCAGAGCUGCUGCUGAAGUCUGUGGAGAGGAGACUGGACACCAAGACCUGA